UCCGUGACAGGUCAUUGCUGUUACCUCUUAAGAACAUGGUACUUCUCUAGUACUGGACUCCACGGCACCCACCAUGCCUCGUUUGGACUCUCACAUCUCUCACCACACUUGAUGCCAUCACAGCAGGCCAGCUAUAGGUUCCACAGGCUGGAGUCUGGUCCAUCUGGAGGAUGGGGAAUAUCAUGCGAGGCGAGACUUCCACGGGCAAAGUCAACACAGACAGCUCUUUAAAAGGUUCGGAGGAUGACAUGGUGGUGGUGCUUCAGGACUACCCGUCGCCUGAAAUCAGCGAGCCCAUCUACAGGAUGGGGGAGAAGCUCAGACUCCUCGCUCAGGAGGCUUACUGGUGGAGAGUAUGCUCUGUCCAAACACAAAAGGAGAACUACAUACCCAGCAGCCAUGCGGCAAAAGUAUACCAUGGUUGGCUGUUUGAGGGGGUCGAGAGGCAGAAGGCCGAAGACCUGCUCCGUCUACCUGGGAACAGAGUGGGCUCCUUCCUGGUGAGGGAGUGCGCCAGGGAGAGAGGUGUGUAUUCGCUCUCAGUGAAGCACAGGAUCGUAAAGCAUUAUCGUAUCUUCAGACUGGACAACAGCUGGUACUACAUCUCCCCUCGACUCACUUUCCAGUGCCUUGAAGAUAUGAUCAACCACUACUGUGACUUUGCAGAUGGCCUGUGUUGUGCGUUAACCUCCCCCUGUCUGUCAGGAAUGACCCCUCCAUCAGACGCAUCUCCUGGAGCUCCACCUGUAGUCAUGCGACGGAACUUUGACUGGAAGAAAAUAGACAGGAGACAACUGGUCAGCACAGACGGCCGCAGUGACAACAUGGUGAGCUACGGAGUCAGAAACAGCAUCGCUGCCUACCUGUCCUUUUCUGGGAGUCAGAACCCUGCGCAGACGAGAGCAGAAAGCAGGAAGAAAAAGAGUAAAUCUCUUUAUGCUCUACCUGAAAACGACCUCGGAAACAUUGACUAUGAAGCUGACUUCUAGAGAGAGGUUCAAGAAACUGGAAUACCUUCAAGUGCAAGGCAGCACAGCGCUUCCUUCUCUGAAGUCCACCACCUUUCUACUGUUGGCAGUGAAACAAAGUUUGUGUUUAAGCAUCCCAAACAUUGCAGUGUGAUAGCUUCUAAUGUGAGCACUUUCAAAUACUUUAAAGAUAACACAAAUUACAUGAUCACUUACACUUUGACUCAGCCAAUAAGACGUAUCUUUAUGGAGUUGAACUGGAAGAUGGUGCAAUUGAACUCUGAUGUGUAUUCUGCACAUGAAAUACAAUGACAAGGAGGCCUGAAUGCUAUGGAUAUUGUUGGCUAAUAUUAAUGUGUAUGAGUAUUAGUGGCUUUCAAACUAUUUUCCUCUGUUCUUAAUAAAUAUUAUACAGUCAAAUGGCUGUGACACCAA